GUAAAAUGGCAGCUAAAGUGUUCGUUGAUGAUAGCAGUGGGUGGGAUGUGUCGGAUAUUAAUAGCCUUACAGCUGUAAGCACGAACGAGCGAUACACUAUUGGUCUGCAAAGUGAACGUAGUCUUAGGCCUAACAUAAACGUAACACAUGAAACGACUGAACACUCUGAGAAUAGCAGUUCUCUUGGAUGGAGUGGUAAUGUAAACAACCUGGAGUUAGAAAUUGGCCCAUUUGUAAGUGCUGUUACAAGCGAGCAGAUUGACUCUGGUAUCAGCGCGGAUCCUUACAGGGGAGAAGAACAACAUAUUGACACAAGUUUAUUAGACAGUGAAAAUAACUUCUGGCCGUUUGGGGCUGACAACUAUGCACAUAAUGUUAACGUGUCAAAUAAUGACCAUGUACAGACGACUCCAAGACUUCAGUUACUCCCCGAGGUAGCUUCUCAGGAAAGUCCCCACAGAUCGAUGUCUGAGGACUCAUUACUAGCUAUUUUAGAAAAGUUUGAUGCCACCGAUAUAAACGAGCACGAUCAGGAUAUCAACAUGAUUCCAGAAAACGAAAAAACCCAAAGUAAAAAAGUAUUGUCCAACUUUAAGGGUGCACUUGGAACCUCAAAUAACAUACCAAAUGGACAUCUGACAUCGGAGGACUUAAGUAACAACCACUGUGUUGACAUUGUAUCUAGUUCAUGUAUUAAUGGAAGAUCUGAUGAAUCACAUCCCGAAACACAUGGGAGGUACAGCAACCACAGAACGUUACGAUCAUUUAGCAGUGACGAUGAUCUGGAGGCAGACUUGGGACUGUCCCAUGUCACAAAUGGAACAAGGUCUAAUCCUGAAAUGUCUGGUUGGCACUGCCAUACUCAGGUGAAACCUGAGCAUGAUAAAGUUGCGAGGAAUCAACUGAUCGCUGUGUGUGUUCUGUGUGCAUUGUUUAUGAUCGGAGAAGCAGUAGGAGGAGUCUUGUCCGACAGUCUAGCCCUCUUCACUGAUGUUUUACACCUGGGCAGUGACCUAGUCAGUUUUCUCAUUUCCCUCCUCGCCAUCUACCUGUCGAAAAAACCCGCCACUAAAACCAUGUCAUUUGGAUACCACCGUGCAGAGGUUCUAGGGGCCUUAUUCAGUGUGUUCAUCAUAUGGCUGGUGACCGGGGUCCUGUGUUAUAUGGCCGUGGAAAGAAUUACAGGAGGACAUUACACAAGUGUCAAACCAGAUGAAAUGCUGGUCACAGCUUCCCUCGGAGUCAUGUUUAAUGUUGUAAUGGGUCUUGUGCUUCACUCCGAAAAAUGUUGUGGAUCAGCUUCUGCACGAGCAUCGUUUGGUCACGGACAUUCUCAUGGCGGAGGAGGACAUUCUCACAAACAUUCCAGUCACUCAGAUGAUUCAGCUUACGAGCGAUUAAUUCAGCAUGAAAGUGAUCAUGAAUUGGUUCCGAAUGUCCAGUCCACAGAAGUACACCCAACCCCCAAACACCAGAACAAGAAAAAUAUCAACGUUAGAGCUGCCUUUAUACAUGUGAUAGGAGACAUUAUACAGAGUGUUGGAGUAUUAAUAGCAGCACUCAUCAUCAAACUUAUGCCUGAUCCCAGUUACAAGCUGGCCGAUCCUGUAUGUACAUUCCUCUUCUCUAUCAUCGUCCUCUUCACCACAAUCUUCGUACUACGUGACACGCUCCAGAUAAUGAUGGAAGGUGUUCCGAGAGAUGUACAGUACAAUGACAUAAUUGCUGACCUGGAGAGUGUACCGGGGGUGAAGGCUGCCCAUGAUCUCAUUGUGUGGGCCUUGACUAUAGACAAAAAUGCUGUAGCAAUCCACCUCACUAUAGAUUCCUCUGCGUCUCAUCAAAAGGUCCUGGAGGCUGCUAAUACCGUGCUGAAACAGAAGCACGAGUUCCUUUUCACCACCAUACAGGUUGAGAUGCACGUUCCAGACAUCAGUUGUCAUAGAUGUGCAAUUCCUCUAGGAUGAGUUUUAACCAGUUCUAUUGCUGUUAUAAGUGUCUGUGAUGGGUUCUGCACACAUUUUUUUCCUAUGAUGUGUGUCUAUUUUUUAUAUCAAUACUAGGGCAUAAACUAUUUUAACAAUAUAUGUUCAGUGAUUUUGUUGGUGGUGCUUCAUUGUUAACAUUAUGUAUAUAAUUUGAAUGGGAUCAAAGUGAAUGAUGAAUUAUUUUAUUGAUAAUUUAUAAGAAUUCAUUAAUGUCUGUUCAGAACCUAAUAAAAUUGAAUGCCUGGCGGUUUUUUCCUAAACGUGCUAUCAUAUUUGCUCCCCUUUGCUUUAAGUUACCCUUGAUCAUGAAGUCUUGAUACAUGCUUGAAUGCGUAAUGUUAGCUCUGCAUUUCAAAGUUUCAAAGUCAUUCUUUAUAAUUGUUUUGAUAUAUACAGAAAAAAGGUAAACCAGUUUCUCAAUUUUCCAAUAGAAUACAAAUGUGUAACAAAAACCCGAAAAAAUCAAAACCUCAUUCUUUCUGAGGUAGAAAAUGUGGAAAAAAAAUAGUUCUUUUUUGAAAUCCCAAAAAAACAAAACCAUGAAAAAUAUUCUUCUGAAAUGUGUGGAGUAACAAUUAUCAAUUGUUUGUGAUUUGUGAAGUAUCACUUGGGAGAGUUUAAUAAGAGUCAAUAUGAGUCGAACACCCUUAAUCAAAACUAUUUUUAUCAGUUUUUGACAAUCUGUGAAAUAUGUCUGAUGUACAAUAAAAAACUAUUUAAUAUAUUCUUAUAUGGUGUAUUGUACAGUAAAACCUCGAUAUAAUGCCCCUCGUUUAU